GGAAGAAGCAGGAGGAGGGUAUAGAAGGGCGAAUUCAAGGCUUCACAAAUCACAAAUUCCGUGCAGGGGCCCUUUUGCGGGGCUUGGGUGGCCCCGCGCUUCCCCAGAUAAACCACUGUUUUCUUUUCUUUUCCCUUCUGGAUCUUGAGUUUCUCUACUUUCUGUUUAUAUUUAGUCCUUCACGACUUGCUCCAUCGGACCAUGACAGUCUACUAGACCCACACACUACUUGGAGCUGCUGCAAACUCGACAAGUCUUUCUCUUCCUUCGUCGACCUCCCCUUGGAGCCUGACAAGCAGCAUGGAUUCAGCUCCCUCGUCCAAACCCUCGUUCAAACAGGCAUGUGAUAAUUGUCGCCGGCGUAAGAUCAAAUGCUCUCGCGAGCUCCCGUGCGAUAAAUGUCAACGUCUGCUACUAUCGUGCUCCUAUAGCGAUGUCUUGCGUCGUAAAGGGCCGAAGUUUCGGACUCUCUAUCCUUUGGCCCCGAUACAUCCGUUAUCGGCCCGAAAUGAGGCCACUCAGGAGCAAUUCUAUGCCGACCCAGAUGGUUACGCCGACGCAAGGUACAGACUGAGCUCUCCGGCCUCUCCGGCAUUUAUGGUGGCAGAUGCACAAUAUGUACCGCAGGAUUUAUCGGAUACUCUCUCCCAACUACCGCCACCAGAGCUAGUCUCUUCACCGGACUCGACCGAUUCGACCGUCGAGUCAAUUCGUGGUCAAAGCCAAUUUAUGCCCAAUUGCCGCCGCCUCUCGCCACAGAUUUUGCUGGCGCAUGUUAAUGUCUAUUUGAAAUACUUAUUCCCGAUCAUGCCGGUCGUGCGGGGGGAGCAGCUUCGUCUGGAUAGUCAACAGCCAGAACAUCUCUCGCCUUCCAAAUAUGCAUUUCUCGCUGCUCUUUGUGCAGCGACUCAUAUCCAGCUGAAGCUGGACGGGGACACACCGGUACCGGACCCCGCUCGUCUGCAGAGCUUGGGUGAUGGCCACUCCUUAGUGUCGGGAGAGAAGCUGUUAGCGGAAGCCGUGCGGGCACGACGGGAAUGUGACAUUGUCGAAGAUCUGAGUAUCGAAACCCUCCUGACUUCCUUCUUCUUGUUUGCCUCCUAUGGAAAUCUUGACAAACAAAGCCAUGCCUGGUUCUACCUGUGUGAAGCGACCUCGAUGACGUUUACCCUGGGUCUGCAUCGAGAAUCUACGUAUGCGGAUCUCAGUGUGGAAGAUGCGGAGGAAAGGCGGCGAAUAUUCUGGCUGCUCUUUAUUACCGAGCGAGGUUAUGCACUCCAGCAGGCCAAGCCAGUCAUGCUCCGAAGCUCGAUCCACAAACCCCAAGUCCUAUGUUCCGAAGACCCCAUUCUCGCAUACGGCUUUAUCAACCUAAUCGGCAUUUUCGAAAAAUUGACCUCGAAUCUCUAUGACUGGGUCUCCGCAGGCGGCGGCGAAGGGCUCUUGGAAAGACCUCCCACAUCAGCUAUCCAAUCAAGCCUGUGCAAACCCAUCUCGCUCGAUGGGGUGCUGGAAAUUCAACAAGUUGACAUCCUCAUUACACAGCAGUGGCUGCAGGCGAUGAUGUGGAAACUAUCCAUGAACCAUGCAACUCAACCCGGGGCCCGCGACGAGGGUGUGCUACCUUUUCAUUUGCCAGUUCUAGUAGGCAAGGCCGUGAUGAGCGUGAUUGGCUCUGCAUCCCAGGGCGCAGUGGAUGCCCAUGGAAUUGGAAUGGAGCAAAAACUGUUCGACAUGGGUACAUCGGUCGCCGAUGUUACGCGGUCCUUGGGCUCCAAGGCAGUGCAUCGACUUGCAGAAUCCACGGUCGACCCUCGCCAACUCCUCUGGGGUAUUUUGCAUACCCUGUCACAGAUCCGGGGCUCACCAUCGUACCUCUUUCCCGCCCUGUUAGAACGGUCCAAGUCCGUGCUGGGACUCGAUUGCACCCUGACCGUUGGUAAUUUCCUACCAGCACUUGGUGACCACGCACCUGAUCAAGGGACAGAGCACAACUGGGCCGGUGAACAGGGAUGGGAUUUACUCGCAGCAUGUCGAGAUCUGCAUGUCAUCCGCGAAGUAGAUGGUGAUCAGACUGAGCAGGUUCCUCCUCACCUCUCCGGCAUGGGCCUCGGGGGUGAACUCGGAUUUUAGUGUUGUCUUUUGUUUUGAACUACUGUUGGUUGUUCUCGUGUAUUUUUGUUCUGGGACUUUGACGUUCUACGAGACUUUUGAUUGAUGAUACCACUCUGGCGUUCGUUUAUAGAUCGGUGAUUUUUGAUGCGGGGAUGCGUUGUAUAUACUUGGACCUAGAAGACAUAUUGACAGACGAGAAGGCUAUUCUUUCGUACUUCUUUUAAUGUGAAUGAGUUAGAAUAUUGCUG